CAUAAGAACACGAAGAGUUACUCAGGAACGUCGUUGUAAACAGUGUGUUGUAACUAGCCAACGUUAAUUACCGAGAGUAGCGGGGCUCACUAUAAAGGGAGAAUGGAGGAAGAUAUAUUAACAACGCUGAAAAUAUUGAUAAUAGGAGAAAGUGGUGUUGGGAAGUCCAGCCUCCUCUUAAGAUUCACAGAUGACACAUUUGACCCAGAGCAAGCAGCAACAAUAGGUGUUGACUUCAAAGUGAAGACCAUUUCUGUGGAUGGUAACAAGGCAAAGUUGGCAAUAUGGGACACUGCAGGACAGGAGCGCUUCCGAACCCUGACACCUAGUUAUUACCGCGGUGCCCAGGGAGUCAUCCUGGUGUAUGAUGUCACACGAAGGGAAACCUUUACCAAGCUGGAUAACUGGCUCAAUGAGCUGGAGACAUACUGUACAAGGAACGACCUUGUAAAAAUGCUUGUAGGAAACAAAAUUGAUAAGGAAAACCACGAGCUAGACAGGGCAGAAGGGCUGAAGUUUGCAAGAAAACAUUCCAUGCUUUUUAUAGAGGCAAGUGCUAAGACCAGGGACGGUGUUCAGUGUGCAUUUGAGGAGCUGGUGGAGAAGAUCAUCCAGACUCCUGGUUUAUGGCAGAGUGAAAACCAUGGCCGAGGAGUCCAGCUCACCGAUGAAGACGCAGGAGGUGGAACCUGUGGCGGUUACUGCUCCUUGGUCUAGAUAACGCAGCAUGUAAAGUACACAAAUGUGUGAAUGGCACACAUAGUGUCACACACUCAAGCAUAUGCCCCCAGACCCCCCUUCAUCCCCCACCACCACAUUGUUGUCCUGACCUGGUGAGUUCUCGCCGCAGACAUGAAGGCAGUGGAAGUCUGACUGUUUCCUGCCCUUUGAGCUAAGGGUUGACCAUCCACACACUCUCCCUGUGUUCAUACAGACACUACUUUUUUGCACACUUUCUAAUAACAUUGCUGUGCUAAAAUAAUGGAAAACAGCCUUCCUACUAAUGGAAUUUCAGUGAUGUUUUCGCUCCUCUUUUUUGAGUUAGUUUUGUGCAGUUUAAGGAGCUUGGUCAAAAUUACAACAAUUCUUCAGUUUCUUAGUGUACUCUGCAAUUAAAUUUUACCCCA